UCAUCAACAACAAUAUGGAUGGCCAUCAAAAAAACUAUUGUUGGCUAUUGUUGAUGAUAGCCAUCGAGUUUUGUUUGAUAGGCGAGUUCAAUGUCAGCCUAACCACCGCAACAACAACUCAACAGUCAACUAACCCUAAUAGCAACCAUCAAUUGGUCAUCAAAUCAAACAUCACUACUACCGCCAGCACAUCCAUCAUCAGCACUAACUGUUCCUAUAGUUUCGAGGAUGUCUACUGUGAUUGCGAUCCCGGAGCCCAACAGCUAAACUGCUAUAACAUAGAGUCUGCGGAGGACCUGCUGUUUGCUUUCAAUCACUUGUUGAACACAACCGGACGAUACUAUUGGCUGGAGUUGACUGUCCAUUGUAUCCAACCGUUUGAUACACUAACUAAAACAUUUCAUCUGACACCCGAUAUUUUUACUAAUGGACCGAAAUUCCAGCGGUUAAACUUCCUGGGUGAUUGUAGUAAACCUAAACACUAUGAUAACCUGUUGGCACAGGUGGACAGGGAUGUCGACCGGUUGCUGAUGACGGGGAAUUCGCUGAGGAUUACCACUACUUGUUCAUUGUUUCAGAUAAAAUUUGAACGAUUAGGGGAACUGGUUAUCAAAGAGUCACUGAUGGCCGGCGAUAUGAUUUCCGCUACGUUUUCAACUAAAUGUUUAGGCCAAUACGGCACCCGCAAUGAGGCCCUACCGUUGGCCAGGCUGUCCAUAAUCGGUUGCAAUAUAACACUGAUAGAGUCGGGUGCUUUCAAUAAUUUUGCUGAAUUACAAUCGAUAGACCUGAGCCAUAACCAACUGACCCAUUUAUCACGGCAUGUAUUCAGUGGACAUCUAUAUAAACUACGAUCAUUGCGGUUGGCCUCAAAUCGGUUGCAGACAUUGGGCGCCGAUUUUUUUGAUAAACUACCCCAACUUAGACAGAUUGACCUAUCGGGUAACCAAUUGGCCACUUUGCCGUAUAUUUCGUCUAUCGGUAGUCCGCAGGUCAUACUAUUGGCUGAUAAUCCAUGGGAUUGUCGAUGUAAGCUAACCUGGAUUGCCAACGAUUUAACCGAUAAAUUAGAUAAUAAACGCUAUUUUGAUGAACCCCUGUGCCAGACACCCGAUACGGUUAAUGGCUGGCCAUUGAUGGAUGGCCUGAAAUAUGUCGAUCAAACAUUUUGCUAA